AUGCAACGUAUUGCCAUUAAUGCUUCUUUACGACGUUUCCUUUGGGUUGUUCAACAGGAACAAAUUCAACAACAACAUCAACAGCAACAGUUAUUGUUUCAAAAAUAUCGUUUGACUACCGUGGACGAAAGAGCAGUACCUGGUCUCGUGAACCACCGCCGGUUACUGCAGAAAAUUAUGGACACUGAGGAGUCUGAUCACAUAAAAGGCAAACGUAUUCGAGGGGUUUUAAAAAAAAUGGAAGCGAAUUACAUGAAUUGGUUAGAAGAGUGCGGGGCCAUGGAGUGUCUGCAGCUGCUCGAGACUUUAAGAAAGGCGUCGCGAUACUUCAAGGGGAAUCGUGGCAGCACAACAGAUGCCCACUCUAAUAAAAAUAAUAAUAAUAAUAAUAAUAAUAAUAAUAAUAAUAAUAACAAUAACGAUUGGUCUGGUGCCUCACCGUACUUUUCGCCAGAGUUCAGUGAUUGGCUCUGCGCCGUACUGCAGCGAGGUGCGCGAUAUGCCUCGCGUCCUGAGGAGGAACUCGCGUUGCUCUCCGCCGCUGCUGAACUGGAGCUGGCAGACACACAGACACUGCAGCUACUCACUCAUAAACUAACGAGUCGCGAUUAUACAACAAAGGCAUCGCCUGAUGAUCUGGUACGAGUUCUGCGACUGGUGUCAUUACUUGUAAAGCGAUGUCGAAUGCCAAUUCCCCCCUUAGAUCACGUACUCUGUCAUUUACCGAGUACCACUCUGGAUUCAAGACAAUCUCUCACUGUACUUUCAUCUCUCUUACGCUUACGAGAACGACAUGGUUUCGAUGUUGCUCGGGCAGUCUCACGCCGGGCUACCGCACAUGUUGAGACAUAUACAGCGAGAGAUGUUAUUUUUGCAUUGGAGGCUAUAGCCCUUUUAAAUUGCUGUCAUGAGGCAUACAUAGGGGCUGUAUUGGAUCGAUGUACCGCCCUUCACACACAGCUUCAACCACACGAACUUGGUAGUAUUUGCAAAUAUGUUGCGAUGCUAAAUACAUCUCGGAUAACUAACGAUACAGCAUUGUCUUGUGCCAAAGAGCUGCGUCGACUUCUUCCUGCACUUUUGAUUAGGACAGAACAACUUCUUGGACGAUUCUCUCUUCGUGAUGCUCAAUGCAUAUUAAGAUGUUUUGAACGACAUAAACUACAUCAUUCUGUGGUUUUUUCGCGACUGACACCUUUGGCUUCAGAGAAUUAA